AAUAAUUAACAAGGAAAAUGGAGGAGAUUCUUGAAAUGAUGACAAAACUAUGUCCACAUCCUCGUGCCAUUUCUUAUAAUUUCAUUUGCUGAGGCACCUCUCCAAAGUACUAUAACUUUUUAGUCUUUUACGACCUUUUCAAGAUUCUACGUACCCACAAAGAAAUAACGAAAUUGAAUAACUAUGGAGGUGGAGGCACAGAUUGAUCAGUUGCCAAUAGAUUUGUUGGCUCAUAUCUUUGUUUUGAUUACUUCCUUCACUGAUUUAGCCCAGGCGAGUAGUGUAUGUAAGAAAUGGAAAGUUGCAGUGAAGCAGUCUUUAGCACUAAGAGAAAAUUUGAGCUUUGCUGGGUGGAAGAUGGAUGAUGAUUCCACCGCACGUCUUGUUGGCCAUGCUUACAGCCUCAAAGAACUUGAAAUUUCAAGGAGUCGGUGGGAUUGUCAAAUAACAGACAAAGGACUGUACAGAAUAUCAUUAGCAAAAUGUAUCAGCAACCUGACGUGCAUAUCGCUGUGGGGCUUGACAGGGAUCACAGACAGAGGUGUUAUUCAAGUGAUAUCAAGAGCUAGUUCCUUGAAACACCUGAAUAUAGGCGGUACAUUCGUCACUGAUGAAUCUCUGUAUGCCAUUGCAAAUAGCUGUCCACAAUUAAAAAAUAUUGUACUGUGGAGCUGUCGUCAUGUAACUGAGAAUGGGCUUCUUUUUCUUGUAAAUAAAUGCCAGAAGCUUGAGUCCAUCAAUGUAUGGGGAACCAGAAUUCCUGUAGACUGCUUCAUAGGAUUGCUUACAAUCAGUCCAGCCCUUCAGAUAAAGCCUGAGGGACUGCUCUUAAAUGUUGGAAAUGCUUCUAUGUUGCCUGUUGUAUAAGCUGUUGCUGUUCGUUCAAUCUUGUUUUUUCUGUUGCGCUUUGUACAGAUUAUUUCUCUUCGUAUUUUCAUAAUUGUUGUAAAAGUGUGUAUAAAUUGCCUAUUGUUUUCACUUUGGUUAUGUAGAGUGAGGCAUCUGUUGUAUUCUUUUGUGAUUGUGCACAGGCACAAAUGAUAUUCAAAUAA